GGUCCAGCUCGCCCUCAGUCACAUGACAGAUGAUAAUCCAGAGCGGCAGUUCCGCGUUUAUUGCGACAGGCACAGCAGAUACAGUGACAGCCUGAAUGUUUACUUAAAAUAGUGUCUAUCUUCAUGGUUUUGUUUGAUCAUUUCCGCAGUGAUCGCCUCGCGGCGUUGUGUGUGCUCUGGGGUGGAUCUCGGGGGAAAAGCGGAGUGGCGCGGGGACGUUCAGCACCAUGUUCAACAGGGUCAGGUCGGCUGUGGCCAGUUUGGUGGGUGGCUUUAUGCCUGGCCCAGCCAGCAGCGCAGAGCGAGCGAGCGGCGCGGAUUUGCCGCUGAAGUUCCCGUACGUUAGGCCGGAGUUUCUGGGACUGUCACCGGACGAGGUGGAGUGCUCGGCUGAUCAUGUGGCGCGACCCAUCCUCAUCCUCAAAGAGACGGAGAGGUUACCCUGGGCAACUGGCUACGCAGAGGUGAUAAAUGCUGGGAAAAGUGCUGUAAAUGAGGACCAGGCCUGUUGUGAAGUCAUGGUGGUGAAGAAGAGGCCCACCGGAUCCUCCACACCCUGCAAACCAUCCAAGAGGAGAUCCUCACUGCCUAAUGGAGAGGGUCACAGCCUUGCUGAGAGCUCAAUGGAGGAUGAGGAGCUGGUCUUCCACUACUGGGCUCUGUUUGAUGGGCAUGCUGGCUCAGGUGCAGCUGUAAUGGCCUCCAGACUGCUCCAUCAACAUAUUGUGGAGCAGCUCCAGGAGAUUGUGGAUCUCCUGCGCAACCUGGCAUCACUGCCACCCACUGUAAUGGGAGAUGACCUGGAUCAUACCAGCACUCCCUGCAUGCCCCGAGCCCUAACACGAGCAUCCUCUCUGCGCAACUCACCCUGCACCACUACGCCACGCUUUUUCACUGAGAAGAAGAUCCAGCACGAGAGCCUGGUGAUCGGUGCCCUCGAGAAUGCCUUCAAAUACAUGGAUGCCCAGAUCGAGAGGGAGAAAGCUGUGUAUAAUAUCAUGGGUGGAUGCACUGCACUUGUGGUGAUGUUCAUUCUGGGCAAGCUGUACGUGGCCAAUGCAGGGGACAGCAGAGCUAUCAUAAUCAGGAAUGGUGAGAUCAUCCCCAUGUCUGCAGAGUUCACUCCUGAGUCAGAGAGACAGAGACUGCAGUUCCUGGGUUACAUGCAGCCGCAUCUGUUGGGGGGAGAGUUCACACACCUGGAGUUCCCUAGGAGGGUCCAGAGGAAGGAAGUGGGCAAAAAGAUGCUGUACCGUGACUUCACCAUGACUGGCUGGGCGUAUAAAACCAUCGAGGAUGAGGACCUCAGAUUUCCUUUAAUAUAUGGAGAAGGAAAGAAGGCUCGAGUGAUGGCAACAAUCGGUGUGACUCGUGGGCUCGGUGAUCAUGACCUCAAAGUGCAUGACUCCAAUAUCUACAUUAAACCAUUUCUGUCCUGCUGUCCUGAGGUGAGAGUAUAUAACCUGACACAGUAUGAGCAUGGCACUGAUGACGUGCUGGUGAUGGCCACCGAUGGCCUGUGGGACGUUCUCUCUAACGAGGAAGUGGCCGAGUACGUCACUUCUUUCCUCGCCAACUGUGACCCAGAUGACCUGCACAGGUACACCAUGGCAGCACAGGAUGUGGUGAUGCGUGCUCGGGGCGUGCUCAGGGACCGUGGAUGGCGCAUAACAGACGACCGCCUUGGCUCCGGAGAUGACAUUUCCGUUUACAUCAUCCCACUUAUGUAUGGUAACCGACAGCCAUAGAGCAGGGGCUUCUCUACUGAACCCUCCUCUCUCACGCUCUCUCACACGCACACACACACACUUUAACAACUUUUCACACCCUGUGAUACGCAGUGUACAGUCUCUUUGUACUGAAAAAAAAAACAUUUAUACAGUUCCCAUGACCCAUAACUUAGCAGAAAUCCUGGUCAUGUGACUCCAGACUAAUCCACAGCUACAGCGUGGUAAUGAGUUGUCUUUUAUGUCUAUGAUUUCUUUUUUUUUUUUUUUUUUUUUUGGCUAGAUGAAGGCAGGUUUUAUUAAUGUAUGUCUUGUUAUUCAGUAGGAAAUAUGGAUGUGUAAGAAAGUGAGAACACUUCCAAUUUAGUAAUUCUUUCCUAAUUAUUUCUUAAUGUUUGUUGUUUUCAUUCAUAUCCCAGAGUGCUCACUACACUUGCUAAAUGUACUAAUUAAGCAACAUAGUAGGUAUAUUUUAAUGAUUGUAUGUUGUAAAAAAAAUACAUCAUCGGAGCAGGUUGAAGUCAACCAUAUUCAUUUUCAGCUUCAGAGCCAUCUCUCUCACACACAUGCACUAACGUUAUGAUAUUCUGAGACUUGAUUUGACAUCAUGGCACUUUUAAACCUGGAUCUUUUGAUCAUUGGGAAGGUCAGUUUAUCUUUGGGAGAUUUAUUAUUUAAUUGUUCAACCAUGACCAAUAUGCAUAAUAUCUCAGGAUGACAUUUGUGCAUACACUCUGUAUAUAUACUGUCUAUAUAUAUAUAUUCAAUACCAUCCAUGAACAAUGCAUUCUGUUCAUAUUGUAGUUUUCGAGACACUUUUUUGUCACUACAGUUUGAGUUAUGGUAUAGUCGUAGGCGACAAUUUACACAUUUGUAUAGUACACUCACUUGCCACUUUUUAAGGUAAACCUACCUUGUAUCUACACUCAGUGGCCAGUUUAUCAGGUUGACCUACCAUCACUAAGUGUAGGUGUAUAAUUACUGACUGUAGCCCAUCUGUUGCUAUGGACAAUUUGCCAGCUCGUGUCUACUCCACCCAUUAGGGACCACCACAGGACCACUGCAAUAUGACACUCACAAAAUGAACUGUAUAAUAAAUGCAUCUGAUAAAAUAGCCAGUAAGUGUAGCUACACAAUAUGUGUAUUAUAUCUAAAUAAACUACUAACUUAGUGUAUGUCUACAAUUUGAUAUGUAUUACUCGUGUUUGCUGUGUCACACCACUUGAGGGUGUUCCAUUGGGAUAGUAUAAAUAAGCAGAGCACACAUUGACACACAUUUCCAGCCAAUCAGAUUUGAGACGGAUCUUACACUUAAUGCUAACCAGCUAUGUGAGAGUUGUUUUAGCUAGUUUAGCUAAAACAACUACUGUACAUGUGAGAGGACCUAAACACCUAAACCCAUGCCUGCAAUACAUUCCACUUCCAAUAAUGCCCUUACAUGGAAAUUUCUUCUGCAGUAUUGUAAAUACUUUUACAUGAAGAAUAUGCUUUUAUAUAUCUCGGUGACUUCACAGUUGCAAUUUCAGUUUAUUAGAAAACUAUAUUAAAGUUAGGCUUUUCAUGUAAAGUGCUAUGAGUGUUACAUUUGCUCUGCGUGGGCUGAACUGCAUGUUUUGUAUGUAUGGAUAAAAAUACAAGUAUGUUAAUCAUUUAGAAAAUUAUGCCACACCAUGCCAACCCUGCAAAUAGACAAAAAACUGUUAAACUCAGGGGUUUUAUGGGGUUAAUUGUAUGGAAUAUAUGAAUGCAAAAACACAAGUGUUACUACUGCUUUGAAUUAGAAGCAUUAAAAUGUUACAGCACAAUCUUUUGUGGAGAAAUAUUUCAGCAUGUGCGGAAAAGGCAGAUGUCUCCAAAACAGUGUGUAAAAUGUGUGAAACGUGGGUAUUUAUAUGACACAAAGUUCCCAAGGAUUGGUUCGCGUGAAGUGCCAAAUUGAACAUUAAUAAUGUAAGUUUAUAAGUGAGUUUAAGAGCCCCUUAUGUGCGAAGUAAUAUACCUUUUUUUUUUUUUUGUAUGGAAAAACUUCUCAAAUGAAGUCUGUCCAUGUAUGUAUUAACUGCUUCCAGACUUCUUGCUUCCUGAUUUUGCUACAUUUGUUAUGUCUUGUUUUUUCCUUUCCCUCAAAGCUGUAAAUUACAGUUUUGCAGACUAUGUGGGGUGGGUAUUUAUUUCUAUGUACUGUAUCGGAUCAGUCUAGUUAUAAUGAGCGUGAUCUUGGAUAAUUGUUACACUUGAUUCUCCCAUGUGAAUGUGAAAUGUACAUUUCAUAAUGUUGAUAAGGUGAAAGGAUAUUUUUAAUGUUAAUAUGUAUUUUAUGUGAAAUUUUCACCUCCUUGUUUAUUUUAUUUUAUUUUGUUUGUUUGUUUCCAGAAUUAAAAAUGAAAGGAUUAUGAAGA